CCCUACAGGAGGAGGGAGGUGGUGGCUGUCUCACGUCAUCGUGCUGUUGCUAUGGACGACUCUGCACAGACACGUGUUGGGCUGCAGCUCCACAAACUGUAACCUGAACCUGACUGAGGCCCAGGGGGGGAUCACGUCGCCCUGCUACCCCCAGAAAUACCCCAAUACACAGGCCUGUAAGUGGAUCAUGCAGGCCCCCGCCGGCUUCAUCAUCCAGCUCUCCUUCCUGGACUUUGAAAUGGAGGAGGCACCCGGCUGCAUCUAUGACCAUGUUGUGGUGAACACGGGAAACACUGGUGUAAAGUUCUGCGGCCUGACAGCUAACGGGCUGACGCUGAACUCGACGGGGAACGUGAUGGAGCUGUCUUUUACCUCCGACUUCAGCAUCCAGAAGAGGGGGUUCAGUGUUAGCUUCCGACACGUUGCCGUGGCUCUGAGGAACCAGAAGGUCAAGAUAUCCGGGGGGAACGGUCAGGUCACCAUGGUCGCCAACACUGUGUCGUUGCCGGCACUCAGUCACCUGACGCUGUGCUUUGAGGUGGAACGCAACACCCAGAAACAGAGAGAGUGGCUCUUCACCUACUUUGACAGCAGCAGUAACGUGAGGCUGAGUCUGGGCUCCAGUCAGGCCGGCAUGACGUUGAUCGUGGACGGAGUGUCCUGCUCCAUUAACUCCGUCCUCUCCUCCUCCGACUUCACUUCCUCCAUGAAGUCUUUCUGCAUGGUCUGGACGUCAUUGAGCGGCUUGGUGGCGGUUUACUUCGACGGAAACUACUUAACCAGGACCUGUACCUCCUCCAGUGGUCACACCGUGCCGGCCGGUGGACAGUUCCGGUUGGGAGGGCAGCACAGUUUUGACGGGUACAUCUACAACCUGCGGCUGUGGGAUUACGCCAUGACGGAGCUGCAGCUGCGGGCACUAACCUGCGACACGGUGGGAAACGUGGUCGACUGGGACAACAGCCACUGGACCAUCCCCUCCGCUCUGGCCCACACCGACGCCACGCUCAGCUGCAGUGAGUAAC